UGUACCACAUCUUCUCAACUUCACCAACUCAGCUAUGCUUGCCUUGACCGACGCCAGUGCGGCUGUUUGAGGCGGGCGACUAGCAUCGUCCGCUAAACAGACAUUGCUGGCGCUGCGUAGCAUACAUUGUUACCAUCCCUAGGCUGCGCCCGUGCCUGGAAGGUCGCUUCCUCUCUCACUAGCCAGCUAUGACCCGGCAUCUACUCACUUCAGCCGCAAGCUCGGCAUCAGCAUCAGCAUCAGCAUCAUCAUCAUCAUCAACCUCGAGUCUCCUAGCAGCAGCAAGAGCAGUUCUAGAUGCCUCAUCCAGAUCAGUCCCCAUCUCGCAACGCCGCUCGUACCGCUCCUACAUACGCUCCCGAGCCCCCUCUGGCAGCGGGUCCGCUCGCAUCCCGCUCGGUACCAGUGUCUUCGGCCAGCUUACAUCCAGGGGUGAACGUCCAUAUCAAGAGGACACCUCCAGUUCAUCCUGCCUGCAACUCCCUUCCACAGAGCUCCGUGCCUCCCUCCGGGCCAGCGGCCGCAUUUCCACAGAGGCCGAACGGAGAUGGCACUGGCCUUCCGAGGGGGAGUCGCUAGAUGAGGAGUUGGCCGGGCAGGUAGGAUGGUGGGGGGUAUUUGAUGGACAUGGAGGCGAUUACGCGUCGAGAUAUCUUGCGAUGUAUCUCCAUCAAGUCUUUGAGAAGGUGACGCCUGAUAUGGUGACGGAUACUGUGCAGUUUACGCGGGAGCAUGGGGGGUACUUCAGGCGCUUUGAGGGAGGAACAGCUUUGAAGCGCUGGGUCAGGCUGGAGGAGUUGAAGCCCGUAAGAGGAGGUGCUGCGGGAAAGAAGCGGGCGACCAAUGGGCACGAGGCAGGUAAGGAAGGCGAGGCCUCGUCCUCAGCGGCGACAACAUCGCAGCAAAACCCUCAAGCCCAUGCAGACGACUCCCCGGCUACAGGUCCCGCGCCAGCCGCAGCCACGUCCAAGUCAAAAAGCCAGCCUACACCCGACUGGCAGGACAAUGGUCUCACGCGUCUUGUCCCACCGCCAGACAACAUGAAGAACGACGCCCUCACUUUGGCCGAGCGAGCUACUCUUGCCUUCUUGGUCGCAGAUAGACACAUCCUUACGCGCCACGCACAGCCCGGAGCAGAGUUGGCACAGUCUAAUACACCGCAACGUCGUCGCGGGAUUCAGACCGGGGAUGCGCAUUCCACGACGUCCUCGCCAGGGAAGGAUCGCGCUCGAGCCGCGAAGAAUGGUGGUGGUUCAACGGCCUCUGUCCUCACCCUGCACAGCCUGGACAGUCCACCAGUCGUAUGGUACGACUCCUCUCUCCUGCAACUCUCCAUCUACCACGUAGGCGACACUCGCGCUCUCCUCUGCCCUACAGUAGACGGCCAAGCCAUUCCGCUUACAACACACCACCAUCCGGACGCCCCAUCCGAAUCUGAGCGUCUCCGCCGACUAGGCGCAGGCGUAGUGACAGACUCCUUCGGUGAAGCGCGUUGGAUGGGCGCUCUCGCGAAUACGAGAGCGCUGGGUGAUGGACAUUUCAAAGCUGCUGGGGUGACGGCCGAGCCAGAGGUACUGAGUCAAGUGAUAAGGGGAGAGAAAUAUUCUCAUGUGACCCUCUUUAGCGAUGGGAUCUCGAGCGUCAUGAGUGACCAAGAGGUUGUGGAUCUGGCACGCGGGGCAGGACAUCCACAGGAGGCGGCGAGGAGAAUCUUGAAGUUUGCGGAAGAGCUAGGCGUCGAGGACAACGCAACCGUAUUGGUUGUGCCGCUCCUUGGCUGGGGAAAGAUCGGCGGCACAGAUACGACGGCUAAGCAGCGUGAAUUCAGGAAAAGCAAGACGGACGUCUUUCGUGAUAAUCGGCACUGAUGGUGCGCGUCCGCGGCGGGAUUUAUUACAAUAGAGACACUUUGCUUGUUCUGAUGAUGCGUAGAGAUGCUACCUCUUUUGUUCGACGACGACCGUAGCGUUUCUGUUGAAAGAUGAGACAAGGCAGCUGAGUCAUACAG